UCACUCCGCGGUCCUUCAUAUGAAAGACAUCACCUCGCCAUUGACGAGUUUGAGAUCAUUUCCCUUGCAACUGAUCAAGAGUCUCGAAGUUCAACUGCUUCACCACGGACAAUCGGCAUUCACAAUCCUCGAUCGUUUCAUGCGCUGCAAAUUUGUGACGUGAGUGGCCGCGCAUCACCCAACCUUAAAUCCGCAACACCGCCUCGAAACUGCAGCACACUCCAAGACCCCCAAAAAGGCCCUUGAUCCGUCAGUCCUUCGCUCUUCACUACAAGCAGGAUGAUGGGCUAUAUCUUCGAAACAACGAUCGCGGCCGCACAGGCUUCGUUUUCUGUGUUGCUCGUCCUUCUUUACGGGUAUAUCUCUCGACGUUAUUCCUUGAUCUCAGAGGAGGGGGAGAGGAAUAUGUCUUACCUCGGCGUCCACGUCUUCCUCCCUGCCCUCCUCUUCACCCAAAUCGGACCUCAAGUAUCCGUGUCAAAGUUGAUCGAAUACUGGCCUCUCGUACUCGGUGCUCCGGCAUUCAUGGCGGUUAGCUUGUUGUUGGGCUGGGUUGGGCAUAAGUUCUUUGGGAUGCCGGGAUGGAUUAUGGCUGCGGCUGUGUUUAACAAUGUUACGUCGUUGCCGCUCUUGCUCUUGGAAUCGUUGGAGAAGACGGGGACGUUGGAGCCGCUUGCGGGGGGUGGGAGUGUCAGUGAUGCACUCGCUAAGGGCAAAUCGUAUAUUUUGGUGAAUGCCCUCGUUAACAACAUUAUGCGGUUUGCGUUUGGGCCAAUGUUGAUUGAGAAGGGGGAGGAGGAGGAUCAGGAGAGGGAUGAAGAGGCCGAGGGUGGGAACGGUAGGGAUAACGAUGAUGAUAGGCAGCCGUUAUUGAAUGGACGGGGAAGGAGUAACUCGGACAUUUCGCGCAAGAGUCACGAUAGUGAUCGCAGUAUGGAGGCGUCAACAAGGGUCAAGAAGGAUGCGAUGACGAUCUUCCAGAAGGUUAAGGCUUCGAUGAAUCCGCCUCUUGUUGGUGGUCUUAUCGCUGUCUUCAUUGGCUGCAUCCCGGUUCUUCACAAGCUUUUCUUCUCCGACGAUGGAGCGCUUAACCCAUCCUUGACGCAAUCCAUCGACAAGCUCGGUGGUCUCUAUACCGCUCUCCAAAUGUUCACACUCGGCUCGAAACUCCAAUCCAAAAGAGGCGCCUCGGUCCCAACCUUCGCACUCAUCUACCUCUUCGCGAUUCGGUUCCUCAUCAUCCCGGCACUCUCCCUCACCGCGGUCUACUUCCUCCACGGCUACUGGACAUCGGACCUCAUGCUCAACUUCAUCCUGGCGAUUGGACCAGUUGGGCCGCCCGCGAUCACGCUUGCGGCCGUGGUAGAGAUGAGUGGUGUUGGAGCGGCGGAGGAGGGGAGGGUGGCGAGGAUGCUGACGUGGAGUUAUAUUGUCACGCCGGUCAUCAGUGGCCCCGUAGUGGCGGCUUUGGCCUUAGCAAAGAACAUGGCAAAGUAGAUGGAACCUCAAUGUAUAUAAUCAGCAGUCCGCGGAGAGGAGGGGAUUCCCGUUCCUGGCUGUGGUUUGCUGCGGAACAACGCAUUCGAGCCGUCCCCCACCCCGAGCAAAUCUGCUGGACCUACUUCCAGCCUGCAGCGACCCACAGCCCGUACGAAGGAUAGACGAGCGACCAGGACGAGCAAAGCC